UCUCUUUCUCCUGCACACACACAGGCUCUCACACUCACACAUACGCCAAAGCUGACACUGCAGCAGAAAAACAGGCCGGCAGGAUUUCUCCCCGGCUGUAGCGUAGCGUCAGAGAGGGACUCUAUUGGCUGAGAGAGAGAAGGACGGUCUUCGUGGUUGCUCUGUCGAGGAGUACCCGACCAGAGGCAACGGGCUGUGUGUGUGUGUGUUAAUGUGUUAGGUCCGUGUGUGUCUGAGCACCGCAGCAGGAGCAGCAGCACUGCAGAUGCUGACUGAGUCCGGGGCUCGGCUCAACGCCUCAUCCUCCCCUCCCCCCUUGGAGCAUCGACGUGGAAAAGAGGAUCCAUCGCUCUCAACCUCUGUGUGUGUGUGUGUCAGUGAACGUGUGUGUGUGUGUCAGUGAACGUGUGUGUGGGUGUCAGUGUAAAAGCAGAGUUGGUGUGUCAUCCACUGCUCUGCCAGCGUAUCCGUGUCGUCGGCCCUCUCCCUGUCCCAGAAUGCUUCGCUCUGCGCCCCUGUGCUGAGGCGGCGUUGGGCAGUAUGGGCGCUGCGCUGGCCGGGACCCCCCCCACGGAUCUAAGCUGCCCCCCCGGGACGGGCGCACACCGCACCCCUGCUGAUGGGCGAGGACACUGACACCACCCGAACGCUCAACCACGGCUUCCUCCGAGACCACAACUAUGUGACUGAAGCUGAUAUCAUCUCCACUGUAGAGUUCAACCACACUGGAGAACUUCUGGCCACAGGGGAUAAGGGGGGGCGAGUGGUCAUCUUCCAGAGGGAACCUGAGUGUAAGACAGAGCCGUACUCCCAGGGAGAGUAUAAUGUCUACAGCACAUUCCAGAGCCACGAGCCGGAGUUUGAUUACCUUAAGAGUCUGGAGAUCGAGGAGAAGAUCAACAAGAUACGAUGGCUGCCUCAGCAGAACGCCGCCCACUUCCUCCUUUCCACCAAUGAUAAGACCAUUAAGCUAUGGAAGGUGAGUGAGCGGGACAAGAGGCCUGAAGGCUACAACCUGAAGGAUGAGGAGGGCAGGAUAAAGGACCUCUCCACUGUCACCUCACUACAGGUGCCGGUGUUGAAGCCCAUGGAUCUGAUGGUGGAGGUGAGUCCUCGGCGUGUGUUUGCCAACGCCCACACCUACCACGUCAACUCCAUCUCCGUCAACUCCGACCACGAGACCUACAUGUCAGCUGACGACCUGAGGAUCAACCUCUGGCAUCUGGGUAUCACUGACCGCAGCUUCAACAUUGUGGACAUUAAGCCAGUGAACAUGGAGGAUCUGACAGAGGUGAUAACAGCAGCAGAGUUCCACCCUCACCACUGUAACCUGUUGGUCUAUAGCAGCAGUAAGGGAACUCUACGGCUCUGUGAUAUGAGAGAGGCCGCACUGUGUGACAAACACUCCAAACUGUUUGAGGAGCCGGAGGACCCCAGUAACCGCUCCUUCUUCUCGGAAAUCAUCUCGUCUGUGUCGGACGUGAAGUUCAGCCACAGCGGGCGCUACCUGCUGACCAGAGACUACCUCACCGCCAAGGUGUGGGACCUCAACAUGGAGAACAAGCCCCUGGAGAUAUAUCAAGUGCAUGAUUACCUCCGCAGCAAGCUGUGCUCCCUUUAUGAGAACGACUGCAUCUUUGACAAGUUUGAGUGUGCCUGGAACGGCUCAGACAGUGUGAUCAUGACGGGGGCCUACAACAACUUCUUCCGGAUGUUUGACCGGAACACAAAGCGCGACGUGACCCUGGAGGCGUCCAGGGAGAGCAGUAAGCCCCGGGCCGUGCUCAAGCCUCGCCGCGUCUGCCAGGGUGGGAAACGUCGCAAGGAUGACAUCAGCGUGGACAGCCUGGACUUCACCAAGAAGAUCCUGCACACGGCCUGGCACCCCACGGAGAACAUCAUCGCCAUCGCUGCCACCAACAACCUGUACAUCUUCCAGGACAAAUUCAACUAGGAGAUGCACGGCCGAGAGAGGGAAAGCGCAGGAGGCUGGAGACAGACACACACACUCCAGACGACAGGGCGAUAUUGUGGAGACACACUCCAUAGUGCUCAGUCCCUGCCUCCCACACUUCCAACUAAUGAAGUCCCC